UUUAAGCUACUACAAUAUGAAUUGGGUCAGUGCCUGCUGGUAAGUAUGACAAAAAUGGCGAUCUAGGUUGUAAGAAUUACGCUACCGGGCAAGAGAACACGUGGAAUGGUAUGAUUUCAACGGCGUUACACACAAACCGACGACAGCCGCUCGCGGGCCAUCAAAUACGAGAAGACUGAGAGAAAAAUGGUGGUGUAAAAGCUCUCUCUGCGUCCACAUCUCCAUCUUUAACAAGCCGGUGUUGGUCGACGUCGUGAAAAUGGCAAGAAUAGCGUUGGGUUUCCACAAACACGUUGGCCCUUUCUUAUAUUAUUUGGUCCUCGUACGUUUUAUGGCUAGUGGACAGCAGAAUGCAACCACUCUGACGACCACAGAGGAAGGAGUAAGACGUUCCACAAUCCUAGCACAGAAUGGCCCUGCCAGCCCCUCUACCGUUCACUCCACGAGCCCUGCAUCUGGCGUUUCCGAACCGUCAUCACCGGUAAAUGCACAUGAUCACAGACGGCCAUGUGGCUCUCCUGACUUAAACUGUGAUAAAGAUCUCAAUGGCAAACGCGUGGCCUUCCCCGGAGACUGUCGGCGGUUCUUCAUAUGUGCCUUCAGGUUUACCGAAGACACAGGUACGGCGGGGAAAUGGCGCUGGACGGAGAAAUGGUGCCCUGAGCAAUUAUCGGACACUCCGUACUUGUUUGAGAUCAAUAAUCCAUUGGCUUUGGACGGGGACUGCGUACAGAGGCGUACGCGUACAUGUCGACAGGUGACGGGGGGUUGUGUGCUCGUACCCUACCGGGGGUAUGAGACGAAGGUUGUGAAGCUGCCUGAGCCGUCGACGACGACGUCGAUGAGUGACAUUACGACACCCAAUCUAGUUCCAGCCCAAGAGGAAGGUGCACUGGCUCCUGGGGUGGUGGCUGGAGCUGUGAUAGGCGGUGUAGUCGUGACUAUUGUAUUAGUGGAGCUUGUUUGCAGGUGCUCGAGGGGACACUCCAUGUCAAGUUGUAGGAGGCAGAAGAAAGAAAGGGUCAAAAGCGGAGGUAACGUUGACAUGAACGAUCCAAUAUAUCAAGACUCAGACAUGCUUCAGACGCCAUUUUUAAAGCAAACACAAGAUAUACAUAAUGCUCAACUAGACGAAAAGGAAAAGGACCUAAGUCAACUUUACAGCCGUCCAAUAAAAGGCGACGCUAAAAGACCGACUACAGAAUCUAUAGUUAUCAAAGAGAACUCGUUAUACUCUCCGAGUGAGGCAGAACCCAUUUACCUCGUGGAAACUCUUCCUAAAAUUACCGAAGAGACUCGAGCGCCGAACCCUUAUGAAGAAGUGGAGCCUUUGUCAAAAAUUCCAGAGACUACUGUGCAUUACGACGAUGUUCCUGUAGAAACGGACUCGGAUACCGCAAGUGCUUCUCUGCAAUUAGAAAAUCCUUCAAGAGACCAGAAGAAUUUGCCGCAUAAUUACGAGGAGGUGAAUCUAAAUAUCAGAAAUAGUGACGAGAACCAAGAGCGAUCAAAGUCGGAGAAGUCCCAUUAUUAUGUAUUGGAGAACCCGGCAGAGUGCGCACAUUAUAAAACUUAACCACAAUGAGUUUAAAAGUAUGAUCCCCCUAUACUUACAUGUAGCAGUAAACGAACUUAAUAAACUCUAUAUAUAAAGAUAAAAAACUCUGUGAAGGAGGAAUCUGGUACAUUUUAAAUUAACUUUAUUUGGAAAGGAGAUAUAGUUCAAAUUAACUUUGUCUGUGAAAAUUUAUAUGUUUUAAAUCAACUUAAUCUGUGAAAAAGAUAGGCCUAUGGUACUUUCUAAUGUUGGGCAAGUAUGGCUUUUUCUUACGUCACGACAUCAUAUUUAUUUAUUUGAAAAAGGUUCCAUCAAAAGUUCCCGAUUUUCCUUGAUCAAAUGAGUAUAAAAACCACUCCGUUCUCAUGUUAAAAUCCGCAUCACAGUUUAUCCGUGGAAUUUACUACAAAGUUUUGAAAGAGCUUUUGUAUUUAGGUUUUGGUAAAAGUAAUAUUCUAACCUACAACACAUACCAUAUCACAAAAUUGCGAGGUGCUUUGUUCUAAGCAGAUUGGCACACGUUUUUAUUAGUAAAAUGUUGCAGAUAUU